UCGCUACUCUAAACAGUAAACACUCUGGGAGGGGCAAUCGCCAUUCUCGCAAGUCAAUUCUUUCUCUUUCUCUCUUUCUCUCUUUCUCUCUUUCUCUCUUUCUCUCUCUUCUUCUACUUCGUUUACAAAUCAAUUCAAAACCCCCCAAAUCCUCUAUCCUCGUUCCAUUAUUUCUCCAAAGACUCGUCUUCCGCUUUUCUUCUUUCUCUGUUCUUUUGUUUCGUUUGCUUUCGUUUUCCCCCCCCUUCCCUUUUUCUCCUUCCUUCAAGCUCUAUCUUUCCAUCUUCUUGUAAACAUGACUAGCGGUUUUAGGGUUUCAAUUCCUAACAAUGUUCGUAAAACGAUCCAAAAUAUCAAAGAGAUCGCUGGGAACCAUAGCGACGAGGAGAUAUAUACAAUGCUCAAGGAGUGCUCAAUGGAUCCCAAUGAAACUGCUCAGAAACUAUUGCUUCAAGAUACAUUUCAUGAGGUCAGAAGGAAGCGUGACAAGAGAAAAGAGAAUCUGAACAACAGAGACGCUUCAGAUUCUAGAUGGAAACCAGGCUUGCAGGGGAGAGCGGGUAGGGGUGGUCGUGGAAACUAUUCUCCCCGUUAUGUUUCACAUGAUGCUGGUGGUGGGAGGAAUACUGUGGCCGGAAAAGAAAAUGGAGUCAAUCAAGGCACUGAGAGAGGUGUGACACCUUCUUCUUUGCCAGCAUCUCAGGAUACAGAAAAUAAAGCAACGGCUCCUGUGUCAAGCUCUGUAACUGUUGUGGCCAAUGGCCCCUCAACUGUGGCUACUGGGAGUUGCAGUCAUGGGCGUGCCUCGCAAUUGCCCACACCUGAAGAAGGUUCAGGUUUUGAUGCUGUUCAUCUGGGAAGUGGACCUCCACAUCCAAAUGUCAAUGCAAAGAGCAAUGUUCCUUCACCUGCGCCUGGAGUCUCACGUGGGCAACCCACACCAAGCUCUGAUCGCUUCCUGGCAUCCAUGACUCCUGCAUCUGUGUCUGGUGUAUAUUCCUCGGCUUUAGAUCCUGUCCUGGUGCCUUCUAUGGAUUCACGGCUUCCAGGUGUGGUGGGCACAAUUAAACGUCAAGUAGGGAGCCAACGAAUGGCUGUUGAACCAAAUGCUAUCAUCUCUGCUGAUAGCACAUCAACAGCUCCUCAGGACUCCUCCAAUCGUCUGAACAAAACUAUAGCUUUUGAUGUAACUGAAUCUGAGUUGUCAUCAUUGAUGAAUGAGAAAACUGUUUCAGAAAUUGGUAACACCACGCAUGGAAGGAUGCUAGGCAAAUCACUGGGGGUUGACAGGAAUCAAAUCUCUGAGCCGUCACAACCUCCAUCUUCUAUUCACGGCGGCUCUACAGCUAGUAGGCCUUCAUCUAAUUAUGGCAAUCGGUCACAACAACUUGUUGGUCCUCAGAAGGCAGGCCCUAGCAAGGAAUGGAAACCAAAGCCUACAAGCAAUAAUACUUCCCAGGCUAGCGGAGCCAUUGGGAUAUCUGAUGGUGCAUCUAUCUCUGUCGAAGCUGGUGCUCGGUUACAACCUUCAUUGAGUGCAUCAUCUUCAGAAGAAGCAACUUCAAAGUUGCCGAAGAAGCUGGAAGAUUUACAUUUCUCAGAUGGUCAACAUGUUAUUAUUCCUGACCAUCUCCAUGUCCCUGAAGCAGAAAGAUCUGGAUUGAGUUUUGGAAGCUUUGAUGCUAGUUUUGAGGUCAGCAUGAGCUAUACAAAUGGUCCUGAUAGUGACAAGAGCUCUACACCUCUGUCUGAAUACUCGCAGGGGAUUGAAGAAACUGCUGAGGAAGCUUCCUCAAGCAAUCAAAAUGCAUCCCCUACUGCUCAGGAAGAAGGGUAUCCUGAUCAUCCACCAUCACCUACGCAAAUGCCAGAAAAUCUGCCAGCCGAAGAGGCUGAUGUCUCGUCCAGUCAAGUCACGGAGUAUGAUCAGUCCAAGCCAGAGAUUGCUCUGCCAUCUGGUGGUCCUCAGUACUCGGUUGUUCAUACUGCCCCAAAUUUCAAUUUUGGAUUCAUGCCAGUAGGAGGCCAGCUGGCACCCUUUGAAAACUCGGAGCCUCAGGUUCAGCAAUCAUUUGAUCCCUCCGCAAGCUAUUAUACUCAGUUUUACCGGCCUGGUGCUGAUGGUGAUGGCCGCUUCUCUCCUUUCCUUGCUCCUGGAACUGCCACGAAAUACAAUGGGAAUAUUACAGUGCUGCCCCCUCAGACUGGCCAGUCUCCUCAAGAGAGUGGCAACUCCUUGGUCCUUUCUACAGCGGCUCCAACUCCAAUAGUGACUCAAGCUUCAGGAGUCAUGCAGAGCUCUAUAGCUGUAACUCAGCAACCGGUUCCUGUUUUCAGGCAGCCUGCUGGGGUACAUAUAUCUCAUUAUCCUCCUAACUACAUACCAUAUAGCCAAUAUUUCUCCCCAUUCUAUGUACAACCCCCAACUAUUCACCAUUUUCUUAGCAACACUGCGUACCCUCAACAACCUCCAACUGGCAAUGUGUAUCCACCUGCAGCAGCUGCUGCCACAGGUGUCAAAUACUCUCUUUCACAAUACAAACCUGGAAUUAAUACCAACAACUCAACCCACAUAGGAAUGGCGGCUGGUUAUGGACCAUACAGCUCCUCCCCUGCUGUUUACAGUCCCAGUCCUGCAACAACCACAGGAAACUCUACAGGAAACGAGGAUCUUGCAGCCUCUCCUUUCAAGGAAAAUAAUAUCUACAUCACUGGCCAGCAGAGUGAAGGAUCAGCUGUCUGGAUUCCUGCACCUGGAAGAGACAUCUCUGGCUUACAGGCUAGUUCUUUCUACAACCUGCCUCCUCAGGGGCAGCAUGUGGCAUUUGCCCCCACACAGGCUGGCCAUGGUGCAUUUGCUGGAAUCUAUCACCCUGCGCAGACAGUGGCAGCAGCAACUGUUCAUCCACUGCUGCAACAGUCUCAGACUAUGGCUGGAGCUGUUGAAAUGGUAGGACCCCCAGCUGGUAUCUAUCAGCAACCUCAGCGUGCGCAGAUGAGUUGGGCCAAUAAUUACUGAAGAGAUUCUUUUUGGAGACUGAAAUCAUGAAAUAUAAAUUGAUCUCAGGAUUCUUGAUAUAUGGAGUAUGGAUGGAGGGAAACAUCGGGAAGAAUGUAUGCCAUUGGCAUGAUCUGAGUGUACAUAUAUAGAAGAUGGAUGGGAAAUUGUGGGUGGAAUGGUUGGGGAUGGAGGAGGAAAGGUGAGAUUCACCUGUGACAGAUAUUGACCAUUUUAAAUUAGUUGAGGAGCCAUGUGCAAGUGUUUACUUGCUUGCUGCUGGUACUGGUCGAUUUUUUACCCCCAGUUUUAACCUUUUCCUUUUGAAUAGAAAUUCUAGCCUGUUUUCAUCUUUUAAUUACCAUGGGUGGUUAGUAGCUUUAUUGGUUUUUUUUUUUUUUUUUUUUCUGUUCUUUCUCUCUUCUUUGAGGUCUAUAGGGACUUUUGAAGGUAAGAUGAAGUUGGCGGGGUUUUCAUUCUUUUUCUUCCAGUCUUACCUGUAAAGUAAAUUUUGAUACUAAUAGAUGUUGAUGUAUGCCAAACUGUUGUAAUUGGUACAAGAGAAGUAGAAAUUUAUUGUUUUUCCCUUUUCA